AUGUCGUACAUGUUUGUGUAUCGUGCCGUGAAGAAUAUUAAGCAGGUCAACGUCCAUGGACUCGGAAACUACGCCUAUGAAGCAAAUCAGGACAAGGUUAAUGACGACGACGGCCUCGUCGAUCGUGGAUGGUUGCAGGAGCUGCUGGCGAUGGAGAAUAACGCAAGGACGGAGAACGAGCAAAGAGACGGGGAUGAAUCUGGUGACUCGGAAGAGGCAUCUGGCGAAAUUGGUCGUGCCUCGAGAGCACACAGAUAUGUCUUGAGAAGCCGUGUCGAUGCGCCAAUUCAGCUUGCAACAGUUCCGGAUCCGAUUCUGACUUCUCGUCGUUCAAAAGGUUCAGUGUUGUCCCCAGCAGAGUGCGCACUGGCUCGCAUCCUGUAUGCGCGUGGAUGGACCGGGUUAGAGAUCACGACGACCGCCUUGCAGAGACCGCCUAGCAGCAGCGGUGGCUAUUCGGCGGUAUGGAGAGCCAUAAAAAAUGACCAAGAUGACAAAUCCGUGGACCACGAGACUGUUGAUAAGAUUCGACUGGCACAACUUAUCGAGAACGAAGACUCAACAGCGGUGGCAGCACGUCAGGCCAAGAGGAACACAAUGGCGAAUCUACAUAGCCCUGAUCAUGAGGCAACUCGGAAAGCGCACGACCAAACAGCCAUGAGACCGACGAGCCGAAAAUCGAAAAGCGCUCGCAACAUAUGCUCUGUACCCACUCCCAACAUGUCUCUGGAGCACUUCUUAUCCCAUAUCGAACCUACGAUGGAUUUCUCGGCCAAUAUUGGACUGUUUCAUUAUCGUGGCAUCAAUACUAUUGGGGAAUUGCGAGCCGCUUUCAGGCGCGAUGACGAAGGUGAUUCAUGGGGGGCGUUGGUUCAUUCGCUCAGAAAUAAUGCUGGAGGGUAUGCGGGGCUUGACGACUAUCGCCUUUUCUUACUGCAGCAGGCAAUCAGCGAGAAAUUUUAG